AUGAAUAUUACAAUGGAUAUAACUAAUGUUGUAUAUAAAAAUGGUAAGUUUAUAUUUCAUGGCAUAUCUGACAGCAAAACUCUUGGAGUGGCUAAGGAAGAUGAUUUUACUACGAGUUCAUUAAAAGGAAUAGUUGUUUCAUUAGACAUAAAUUAGAUUAUGGUUAGAGAGUGUCAAGGAUUUGAUAAUCCAGGAGAAUAAGAUUCUGACUAUGAAUUCUGGUACCCAACUAAUUAUGCUGGAGACAAGUGUUUAUUUGGAAAAAGAGAAAAGUAUAUUAGAAGAAAGCAGAGAGCAUAAUGUUAUAACAAAGAGCCAAAUCUGCCAGUGUAGACUGAAAGUUGUCCUUGCUCAAAGGCUGAUUGGGAAUGUGAUGUUGGAUUCAAAAGAGAUGUCUAUUCUAAUUGUGUCCCAAUGAGAGAGAUCAAACCAAAAUAAUGCAAAGGCACUUAUUUGAAAAGUUAGGGGUAUAGAAAGAUCUCAGGAGAUGAAUGUUAAGAUGGAGUGUAUUUGGGUCCAAUUGAAGUCAAUUGCGAAUAGGAAGAGAAAUUAGUGACAAAAAACGAAGAUGCCUCUCAAUUAAAUUAGAAUGAUAAUGAAACACAAUAACCUUAAGUUACUUCUAAAAAAGUACAAGUUACACAAAAGAAAGCAAGUGGUGGUGGAAUUAAAUUUUCAUAUUUGGCAUUCGGAGUCAUCUUACUUAUUUUGGCAUUCUUUGUAAAGAAGAGGUAUCUAGAUUCUGGCAGAACCAAAAAGAGAACUCCUGCUCAUUACUAUCCCGGCAGAUAACAAGAAAGAUAAAGUCUAUUUACAGAACUAUGAUAAUGUACAUAUUACCUAUAAAUUCUUG